UUCUGCUCUAUAUGUGUCUCAAAUAGUGUUUAAUUGUUGCAAAUCUCAUUAACUUUAGCUUCUUUAUAUUUUGGUAUUAAAAGCGACUGAAUCGGUAUUAUUGUUUGCUGCUCGCGCUGUGUUUCGCGCACAUUCGUUAUAUUCCACCAACGCCUUUGCAUUUCGUACGUAGUUGCUGCUGUUGUUGUUCCAUUUGUUUUCAGAAUUGUGCAAGGACGUUGGUGGGACGCUGCUGAUGUCCUCGUUAUUGAAGGCGAAGGCGCAACAAUUAGAGCAAGGCGGACAACAACAAUAGAAACCACAAACAGCAGCAGAAGAAAACAAUAGAGAAAUACCAAAAAAAAUACCAAAACGUAGCAUCAUAAUAUGGACAACGCGCACAAUGCAACCGCCGUCGACAACAACGCCACAGCCGCCGAUGACAAUGACAGCGACAACGAUGUAGUCACCGAUUUUCUCAACUCCAAUUGCAACAGCAACACAAACAGCAACGGCGACGUGUCAGUUAGAGGAGCUGUUCCACCAAUUACAAAUGGCUCGGCCUCUGUUUCAGCCAAAAUUGUCACUGUCGAGAGCCAAAACUACUGUAUACCUAUUAUAAACGCACCUCCGACUGCUGUCCAAAACAAUAACAACAACAGUAAUAGUAUUAGCAAUAGCAAUUGCAAUAUCAGCAACAACAACAUGAAUAUGAACAUGAUACCCACCAUCAAUGUAACGCCUCACAGUCCCGCCUCGGCCUCCAAAUACAACAACAUAUUCGAGGAUACGCUCAGUCAACUGCAGAACAUACGUGAGACGGUGCAACAAAUGAAAAACUCGACUAGCCAACAUCAUCAGGAUGGUCUCGCCAACAACUAUGGACUGCUCAGUGCAGCCAUUUUGAGCGCCUCGUUACCAGACCUCAGCAAUGCAGGCAACGGAGGCGCUGGCAAUGUUGGCGUCAUGUGGUCAGCUGCGCCACAACAGUGCCUGCUGUUGCACACGGAUCGCCGCAAAUCCUGGACAGCCGUCGACGAUGCCAAUGCCACCGGCGAUUGCACCAACAAAAGCGUCAGCCUCUCCAGUCUCGACAGCGAGGAGCAGGAAACAAUACGUGUCACCGAGCAACGUCGUCGUUCAGCUCGCAAUAGCACAGGUGGCAUUUCAACGCAUUCACUGAAUGAGGCGGAGUUGGCACGGGAUUUCGAGCGUAUUGCAGCUAAACGGAGUCUGGCAACGGAGAUAAUCAGCCGAAUACCAUUGCAGAAGAGCAUCUCGACAUCAUCGAUCAUUGCCAAGGAGGACAUUAAGGCGAUUGCCCGGCAUCUCACGGAUAGCGAGGAUGAGAAUCAGAGUCUGUUGCGUUCGCAUGCCAAAAUCGAAGUGUACGAUCACGUAGAGAAACGACCCAAACGGGGUUCCCUAUUCUUUCGCAAGAAGAAGCCAAAGGCCAAGACGAAAUCACUGGUGGGCGGUGUACAGCUGAAUGCCUGCGAUAUGGAUGCGCAUCUGGAGAGUAAUAAACUGCAUGGUAAAAAGCUAAUCGCUGGUCAGGACUUUUGUGAUGGCUCCGAAGCUCUGCAAAUGCAGCUGCAGCAAUUGAGUAACCAGCAGGAGGAACAACAGCCACUUAUACGUGCUGCCGAGCUGCAGUUUCUCAAUGAUCCGCCCAUUGAGGCGCAGGAUUUGGGAGCCGAUCCGGCGUUGGGCAUAGUUCUGCUUGAGCCCGACUCCUGGACUCCAAAUGUGCCCAAGGAGCAGCUGAAAACGCUCAAGGAGCUGCAGAUCAAGCGACAGGAGCACAUCUAUGAGUUCAUCAUGACCGAGAAGCAUCACUGCCAGACUCUGAUUGUUAUGCGCAAAGUGUUUGUGGAGAGUCUGGAGCGACACUUUCCCUCUCUCAACAUCCACAGCAUGUUUCCGCGCCUGCAACAGUUGACGGAGCUGCACACAUUCUUUCUGCGUCAGCUGCGCCAGAAGCAACGCGAGAAUGUCAUCGUGGACAGCAUUGCGGAUAUUCUGCUGGAAUUCUUCUCGCUGGAACAGGCACAAUGCUUGCGACUGGCCUAUGGUGAGUUCUGUGCGAAUCAUCGCAGCGCCUUGGAGCAGUUUAAGCAAUGUCUGGCCGAGCCGAGCUUCUCCGAAUGGUAUAAGCACUGUCUGCAAAAUCCGUUGCUCAAAAAGAAGGGCAUUCCGGAGUGCAUAUUGUUUGUCACCCAACGGCUCACAAAGUAUCCGCUGCUCAUUGAGCCGCUCCUGAAAAGCGCCAGGGAUAAUAAACUGGAGACGGAUAAGCUGCAGCAUGCAUUAAAUUUAGUCAAAUCCCUGCUGGUCGAUGUGGAUGCGUGCGUUGCCGAGAAGGAGCUGCGGGAGCGUCAGCUGGAGAUCUAUGCACGAGUCGAUGCCAAAUCAUUUGCGAUAUACAAAAAUAAACCCUUUCGAAAGACGGAAUUGGGCGUGGAAUCGCGUCGUCGCCUGAAAUUCGAUGGACUCGCUACCCUAAUGCAGGGACGGGCCAAAACGCAGCUGGUCCUCGUUGUCGUCCUCACCGAUUGCCUGUGCUUUCUCAGCGAGAAUUCGGCGCACAAUAAAUAUGCCUUUUUUACCCCCGAGCACAAGGCAGGAGUUGUGCCGCUCCAGAAGCUGUUGAUUAGGGAGAAAGCAGGCACCGAAUCCCGCGGCAUUUAUAUCAUUAGUUCUAAUCCCGAUUUCCCAGAGAUGUAUGAACUAAAGGUGCAAACACCAAAGGAUAAGCAAACCUGGAUACAGACCAUUCGGCAGGCGGUGCUCGACUGUCCCGCCACAGACAUCAUUGAGGCGGAAGCCUUGACCGCCGAGGAGAAACUGCGCAUUGGUGUCAACAAGCGGGAGACGAUCGAGAAGAUGCGUCAAAAGGACAUCGAACAGGCGCUGCUGUUGGAGGAGAAGCUCAUGCUGCAGUUCAAUCUGCUGAAGCAGCAGCAACCCUUCAGUGACAUUAACACCAACAACACAAAUGGCAAUGCAGCCAAUUUCCUGGCCGCCUUUGGCUCGUACAAGGAGCUCGUUAGCACGGACUGCGACACAGCCGAGCUGUGGAGGCGUGUGCUCAACACUGUACAGGACAUUAGUCAGCUGGCGGCAAGCAUUUACACGGCUUCUACUGGUCUGCCCGUAUCCCGCACGGUCAGCAGCGUGGGCGAGAAACAAAGCGUCCUCUAUGCAUCGCCGACGCUGCCGAAGCGAGCGGAAACCUUUGCGGGAUUCGACGAGAAGCGGGGCAAACUGGGACGCGAUGCGGGUGGUAAGCUAAAUACGCUGCAUGUGCUGACGCCCCGCCUCCAGGAGCUGGAGGAGAAGCGUGAACUGAAAACGCAGACAAACGAAAGAGAACAAGCUCAAUCCCAGUCUCAAUCUCAGUCUCAACUCCAAUUGCAUGCGAGCACGUUGCCUGCCAACAGCAAGGAGCAGAACUAUGCGGUUCUGCAGGUGUCCCAUCAUCUGCACACGCUCCUCUGCAUCAUCUCACAGCAAAUGACCUGCAUACAAAGUCUGCAGCUGCAGUUGGCGCUUUAUCGCGAGAGUCCACGCAAUAGCAGCAGCGGCGGCGGGGGAAGCGGUGCGGCGGCAUAUACGCACAAGGAUCAGCUGGAGGAGUUGCGCAAUUUGCAGGAUAAACUGCAGGAGGAGAAAACGGCCUGGUUACGCCAGAAGCAGCAGCAGCUCGAUGAGCUGGCCGAAAUGAAGGCGCAGCAGCUACAGUUGCAGCAGCAAAUCAAAGCCGAGCAGGAGGAUGUGCGUCAACAGCGUGAGCAGCUCUAUCGCAAAAUGGAGCUUCUCUCCAGCCAGGGACUACUGCUGUCGCCCAGCACACCGCUGCCCACGCUGUCGUCCGCGAUUGCGCCAGUCGCUGUGCCCGAGGAUGCACACGAACUGGACACUCCAACUGGAGCAGCCCCGUCUGCAACAGCUUCCACGAUUGAUCGGCGCAAGGAAAAGUGGCUCAGUGGCAGUUCCAGUUGCAAAACACCUCCCGUCCACUUGUUGAGCGCCAAUAAUGCGCCCAAAGCGAAUUCCACCUUGGUCAAACAGAAGCUGCCCAUGAAACUCUCAUCGCUGUCUUCCGGUGCACGCGUUGAUAAAUCAGCCAGCUUCAACAGCUUUAACAGCUCCAACAGUGGUGCCUCACCCGCCACAUCUGCCGGAGCCACCGGAGUGCAGCAAAUGUUUCCACUCAAACUGGCCGACAAACAGCGGCAAUCUGUAAGUGCCACGCCCACAUCACAGCCCCAGCCACAGCAUGCUCGGACGGGCAGCUCUCCAGCUAUUAUCCAACAGACGACAACGCCGUCUACGGUCCACAAUUCGAGCACACCAAAUGUGGCACGUGCCGACUCGCAAUCCCAUUACACGUCAUAUUCAGCCACUCAGCAGCGUUUAACGCAGACACCCACAAGUAGUCGAGUGCAGGCAGGAGCGGGAACGGGAGCAGGUGCAGGGACGGGUGGUGCAGUGCGCACCGCUGCCUUAGUAAUUGGAGGCACUGGGCAGGCGCCACGUGCCAAACCCGAGGAGGAGGAGAUUUACUUCUGACGCAAAUUCACGCCAGAAGUUGAAAUCUAAACACAAAACAUUCCAAUGAACUCAAUAGUACAGUAUCAUUUGCCUAGGAGUCCAGUCAAAGCGUAACCUACUAUUACAAAUAGCUUGUCAUUUUACUUUUAACUCCAAACGGUUUCAUCUUUAUCCUCCAUUCCUUGUAUUACAAGUUAUUUAUAAUUUCCCAUUUCAAAUCCCAACUGUUAUACAAACGGUUCCGUUUGGUUCCGAUCCUACAUGCAACGCCCUUAUUCUGCUUGUUUCCUUUAAAGUUUAACUUUCAUACAAUUCGAGAACAUUUUCAGCUUUUAUUCCGUGGAAUUUCUCUGCUUUGUCUGUAGCUUUCACUCUUUUUAUGGGAAACUUUUUUUUUAGUUAUGAUUUCCUUUUUGAAAUCCAAACUGUUAUACAAUUUGUUGCCUGUAUCUGGACUUUCAGACUUCUAGGCAACGCAUUGAAAUUUAAAUUUUACUUAUCAUCAAUGAACUUAUUUAUUUUGCAGAAUUAUUCGUUACGUAAUGACUAAUUUAUUAUCAGCAUGAAUUAUGUGUUGUAUCUACGACAGCUUUUAUUUUUUUUUCAAUGGAAAUUUGAGACAUAGACUAACGAUCGACUUAGCUAAUAAAUAAUAUUAAAAUACCAUAUGCAAGGUAUCAAAAACAAAUAUUGCUUUUUGCUUGUUUAUCCGUAAUCUCUAUGAAGAUUAAAGAAUAACUAAUUAGUAUUCAAACUAAGUAACCAACUUUCCCAAAGUUAAGCACUGCUUUUGGCAUAAAGAUUUCUCAAUUUAGGGCUGAUUUAAAUGUUUAAACUAUAAUUAAGGCAACUAGGCAAAUAGUACUGUAAUACCAGCAUCUCAAAGCGCGCAGUCAAAGUUGAGUGCUCGUCCAUAAAAUUAAGUAAAUCCAAGUCUGUGUUUAUGAAUAUGUAAUUAAAGCGUUCCAUUUUUCAUCUAUAUAUUUAUAUCAAAGGUUGCUUGUGUGCAGAUUCCCAAAUGGGUUUUGAAAUUAAACGCAUCACGAAAGAUUUUCGUUUGAUAGUUACAUUGAGAAAUUCGUUUGGGAAACCUUCCAUAAGCUUGUCGCAACUGUACUUAGUGUGUUCUAAUUCUUAAAUACUGUCCAAAUGCAUUUUUCUUUUCAAUACAUAUGUAAUAAAACCAUUCGUAGCUUAGAUUUAAUUGUUCUUAUCGUUAAUCCUAACUAUUUAUUCACUUGAUGUACUUAAAACUAUAUAUUUUAAAAUGAGCUUUCAUUAUAUUUUAUAAUUUUCAACAAACUUCCAAAAUGCAACUAAAUAAUGUAUUAAAACAAAGCACUAGACGUAAGAAACGAUAAAGAUUAACGAGAAUGGAAAUGAAUAUAUGCGUAAAAAACAAGUGUUAAAUAUAUGUGCGCAGCUCUAUAUAUAAAGAUGAGGAUCUAUAAUCAUACAUAGCAUGUUAUAUACAGCAUCGAUAUAUAUACAUAAUAUUUAACAAGUAAAUGUACUAUAACAUGUAUGUAAAUUCAAAGGACAUGGAGCUUGCAAUUUGAGAAAUAUUUGCUAUUCUAGAAAAAAUUAUAUAUAUUUUUAUUUUUCUAUUGCUCCGGUUUCUUUCUUGUUCACGAUCACUUCCAAAAUUAAAGUAAAGUAAAAAAGUAUGGCGAGUUUAUUUCUCUUCAAAUGAACUUAAGCAACGCUCUAAUGGACAGUUUUUUUUUGUAAACAUGUGGGUCAGUUUACGAUAUAUGUAAAUCGUAUAUAUACAAUAAUAUGUACAGAAUGUGUAAUUUAACCGUUUGUGUGCAUUUUACAAACCCGUUUCAUGCUAUAUACUAAAGCUUAGAAUCCAACGGGAAAGAGUUUGACUAACUCGUAUAUAACCAACCGAUAUCUGUUUAUCACUCCAAUAAAUGUUUAAAAUUAUAUUUAA